CGCUAUCAGAGAUGUCCCUGCUGUGUGUGGGAGUGAAGAAAGCCAAGCUGGAUGGACCCCAAGAGAAGUUCAACACAUAUGUGACUCUAAAGGUGCAAAAUGUGAAGAGCACAACCAUCGCUGUCAGGGGCAACUUGCCCAGCUGGGAGCAAGACUUCAUGUUUGAAAUUAACCGUCUGGACCUGGGUCUGACAGUAGAGGUGUGGAACAAAGGGUUAAUCUGGGACACCAUGGUCGGCACCGUCUGGAUUCCCCUCCGUAGCAUCCGGCAGUCAAAUGAGGAAGGUCCAGGGGAGUGGCUCACAUUGGACUCUCAGGUCAUCAUGACUGAUAACGAGAUCUGCGGCACCAAAGAUCCUACUCUCCACCUGGUGCUGCUCGAUACGCGCUUCGAGCUGCCUCUAGAUAUCCCUGAGGAUGAGGCACGGUACUGGGCUAAAAAACUGGAGCAGCUCAACGCCAUGAGGGACCAAGAUUAUUCAUACCAGGAGGAACAGGAACGCCCUCUCCGUGCGCCAGGAACCCAGUGCUGUAACUGGAGUCUGUGGGGAGACCAACAAAAUGAAGACCCAGAUAGUGCUGUGGACGACAGAGACAGCGACUAUCGCAGUGAAACCAGUAACAGCAUCCCCCCUCCGUACUACAGCACAUCCCAGCCCAACGCCUCUGUCCACCAGUAUCCCAUCAGCCACCAGCACCGCAGCUCCAGAAGUUUCUCGUACCCGCGCUCUGGCAACAGCCACGACCUCGACUACCACCAUCAGAGAACUGUCAGCCCUACAGGGAGCUAUGCAUCGUCUGCAGAGCUCAGCCGGUGCAGCAGUCAGCUGAGCGAGGAAGACUACGGCGGUGAGUACGGAGAGAGGGACCCUUACGAUGAGAAUGACUCCUACCACUCCUGCCACUCCUCCGUUAGCUACAGUAAAGGCUCUCCAGACUGGGACCCCGAUGAGACGCAGGGGGCGUACAGCGAUGAGGGUGGCUACAGCAAAGAUGGAGGAGAAGAGGGCGCUCUGUACGAGGAGGAUGACGGAGGAUUAUACGAGGGAGAAGAGGAAGGCCUCUAUGAGGAUGAGGAGAUGAUGUACGAUGAUGAGGAUCUGUACAAUUUGGACGGGACCCUCAGUGAGGACAUGGAGCCUCCGUUCACUCCUACUCCUACGUCAACUGCCCCUCCGACACUCGAUGCAUCCGGCUCUAGACCUCCUCUAGAGAAACAACCGUCCCUGCACCAACAGCAGCCUCCCACUCAGCCCCCUAACCAAACAUCCAACCAGGCUCAUCCUCCUGGGAUGGCACCAACAGCACAGCCCCCUUCUGGUCAGCAAGCAGCCCAACCACCUAAACAACCCCAGCCGCAAACACAGCCUCAGCCACAACCAGCCCCAUCCGCCACUUCUUUCUUCUCAAUGGCCAAACCUCUAACAGCUGCAGUUACAGGCUUGGCUUCGACUUUCCUGUCUUCUGUUCCCACUGCCCAGCCUGCCCAGUCUCACCCUCCAGCCUCAGCUGUACCUCCACAACACCAGUCUGCUCCAGCCAGCUCUGUCCCUCCAUCCCACCCAGCCACCUUGGCUAACUCAGCCGCCCAGCCCCCCUCCACUGCCACGGGCCCUUCCUCUCAGCAGCCCCCAUCCACUACGUCCCCUCAAUCCCAACUCAAUGAUCCUGCCACCACACAGUCAGCUGCUCUUGAGGACCAGGGUCCCCAGCAGGAGGAAGAGCCAUGGCUGGAAGAGGAAAGGAUGUUGGAGGAAGAGGCCAGGACACCCCCGGAUCAGCUUGAGGAGAAGAUUCCCAUGGAGCUGGAAGACGAGCAGUUCGAAGAGAGCAGACUGCUGACGCCAGUCGAGGAAAAAGAGAUGCCACCUGAGAGUCCUCCAGUUGUAGAGGAGCCCAAAGAGCCAGUUGACCCAGCAGUCAGAGCCAAAGAGAACUGGCUGAGGCUCUACAACAAGGUCUUAGAGCAGCUUCGGGAGGCUCGUGGAGAGACCUCCAGCUCGCUGUGGUUUGGUAAAGGAGGAAUGGGAGGCGCGCUCUUGAGUAUUGACAGCAUGCCUGACCUUCGCAAGAGGAAAGCCAUUCCUCUUGUCAGAGAUCUGGCGAUGUCUCUGGUGCAAAACUCACGCAAGGCUGGAAUCACCUCGGCCAUGGCUUCCACCACUCUGGGCAAUGAGGAGCUGAAAAGCCACGUUUAUAAAAAGACCCUGCAGGCUCUGAUCUACCCCAUCUCCUCCACUACUCCACACAACUUUGAGGUGUGGACAGCCACCACCCCCACCUACUGCUAUGAAUGCGAGGGAUUGCUGUGGGGUAUCGCACGCCAAGGCAUGCGCUGCUCUGAGUGUGGUGUCAAAUGCCACGAAAAGUGCCAGGAUCUCCUCAAUGCUGACUGUCUGCAGAGAGCUGCAGAGAAGAGCUCCAAGCAUGGGGCAGAGGACCGGACCCAGAACAUCAUCAUGGUCCUGAAGGACCGCAUGAAGAUCAGAGAGCGGAAUAAGCCGGAGAUCUUUGAGCUCAUCCAGGAAGUAUUUGCUCUCGACAAAACAGCACAUGGAACGCAGAUGAAACAAAUCAAGCAGAGCGUGCUCGACGGGACAUCCAAAUGGUCAGCAAAGAUCAGCAUCACAGUGGUGUGUGCUCAGGGCCUUCAGGCUAAAGACAAAACAGGCUCCAGUGACCCUUAUGUAACUGUUCAAGUUGGGAAGACCAAGAAGAGGACCAAGACCAUCUACGGCAACCUCAACCCUGUCUGGGAAGAGAACUUCCACUUCGAAUGCCACAACUCGUCUGACCGCAUCAAGGUUCGCGUGUGGGACGAGGAUGACGACAUCAAGUCUCGAGUGAAACAGAGGUUCAAACGUGAGAGCGACGACUUCCUGGGUCAGACCAUCAUCGAAGUCCGCACUCUGAGCGGAGAGAUGGACGUUUGGUACAACUUGGACAAAAGAACAGAUAAGUCUGCCGUGUCGGGAGCCAUCCGGAUGCACAUAAGUGUGGAGAUCAAAGGAGAGGAGACGGUGGCUCCUUACCACGUCCAGUACACCUGUCUGCAUGAGCAUUUGUUCCAGUACACCACCGAGGAGCAAAAUAGCGGGGUAGUAAAGAUUCCUGAUGCCAAAGGAGACGACGCCUGGAAGGUGUACUUUGAGGAGACGGCUCAGGAGAUUGUGGAUGAGUUUGCAAUGAGAUACGGAGUGGAGUCCAUCUACCAGGCAAUGACCCACUUUGCCUGCUUGUCAUCUAAAUACAUGUGCCCAGGGGUGCCAGCUGUGAUGAGCACCCUACUGGCCAACAUCAAUGCUUACUACGCCCACACCACCCAGUCCUCCAACAAUGUUUCUGCCUCGGACAGAUUUGCUGCAUCGAACUUUGGCAAGGAGAGGUUUGUCAAACUGCUGGAUCAGCUGCACAACUCCCUGAGGAUUGACCUGUCCAUGUAUCGGAAUAACUUCCCUGCCAGCAGUCCUGAAAGGCUACAAGACCUCAAGUCCACUGUUGACCUGCUGACUAGCAUCACAUUCUUUAGAAUGAAGGUCCAGGAGCUGCAGAGUCCCCCCAGGGCGAGUCAGGUGGUGAAGGAUUGCGUUAAAGCCUGUCUCAACUCCACCUACGAGUACAUUUUCAACAACUGCCACGACCUCUACAACAGGGAAUAUCAGACAGAUCCUUCAAAAGCUGUCCCUCCAGAUGAGCAGGGCCCCAGCAUCAAAAACCUGGACUUCUGGUCGAAACUCAUCACCCUCAUUGUCUCCAUCAUAGAGGAGGACAAAAACUCAUACACGCCUUGCCUUAAUCAAUUUCCCCAGGAACUCAAUGUAGGCAAGAUCAGCGCUGAGGUCAUGUGGAACAUGUUUGCACAAGAUAUGAAAUACGCCAUGGAGGAGCAUGAAAAGAACCGCCUGUGUAAAAGUGCAGAUUAUAUGAAUUUGCACUUCAAGGUUAAGUGGCUCUAUAAUGAGUACUGCAAGGAACUGGUCACUUUCCAGAAACAUGUACCUGAAUAUCCAGCAUGGUUUGAGCCGUUUGUCGUCAUGUGGUUGGACGAGAAUGAGGAAGUGUCCAGAGAUUUUCUCCACGGAGCCCUGGAGAGAGACAAAAAAGACGGGUUCCAGGUUACGUCAGAGCACGCCUUGUUCUCCUGCUCGGUGGUGGACGUGUUCUCUCAGCUCAAUCAGAGCUUUGAAAUCAUCCGCAAACUGGAGUGUCCCGACCCUCAGAUUGUUGGCAACUACAUGAAGAGAUUCGCCAAGACCAUCGGCAAUGUCCUGCUGUCUUACGCUGACAUCAUAGCGAAGGACUUCCCAAAUCAUGUCAAGAAAGAGAAAGUGCCAUGUAUCAUAAUCAAUAACAUCCAGCAGCUCAGAGUUCAGUUGGAGAAGAUGUUUGAGGCCAUGGGAGGCAAAGAUCUCAACGUGGAGGCCAGUGACUUCCUGAAGGAGCUGCAGAACAAGUUGAACAGCGUCAUGGACGACCUCAGCCGCAUCUUUGCCGUCAGUUUCCAGCCGCAGAUCGAGGACAACGUGAGGCAAAUGGGGGACAUCCUAGCCCAGGUCAAAGGUCAGACUGUCCCGGCCAACGGCAGUGUAGUUCAGGAGGCUGACAACGUCCUACAGCCCAUCAUGGACUUCCUGGACAGCAACUUGUCGCUGUUUGCUAAGAUCUGUGAGAAGACGGUCCUGAAGAGAGUACUGAAGGAACUGUGGAAACUGGUGAUGAACACGAUGGAAAAAACGAUUGUGCUUCCAACUCUUACCGACCAGACGGUUAUUGGCACUCAGAUGAUCUUUAAUGCUGCUAAGGAGCUCGGCCAGCUCUCCAAGCUAAAGGAGCACAUGGGCCGAGAGGAGGCCAAAGCUCUGACUCCGAAACAGUGUGCAGUGAUCGAGCUCGCACUGGACACUAUUAAG